AUGAAACAAACACAUACAAAUUUAUUAAUUCAGCAAAGUGGACUCUGGAUAAAUCCCAAGUAUCCAUUUAUAGGUGCCAGUCCAGAUGGCUUGGUUUCAUGCGACUGUUGUGGUGAGGGAGUUGUAGAGAUUAAAUGUCCCUACUGUGCUAAGGGCAAAAAGUUGAGUGAAGCAAAGUUAAAUUACUUGUCAGAGGGAAAAUUAAAAGAGAACCAUAGGUACUUUUACCAGGUACAGACUCAAUUAAUUGUGACUGAGAGAGAAUUUUGUGACUUUGUAGUUUGGAGUGAACAGGACAUUGAUGUUAUCAGGAUUGAAUUAAAUGAAAAUACCGAAACAGAAAUUAUAACAAAAUCAAAAGAGUUCUUCAUCCAGGUUAUUCUGCCAGAAAUAACGGGUAGUUUGAUAACCAGAAAUUUGUCGUCUAGAAAACAAGCAUCAGAAAAAAAGACUUUAUUUAACAAUGAAAAUCUAUCCACUACAGCAGUCUCAUCUGACAUUGACCAAAGGCCUCCCUUACAAAAUAUCCCCAGUACAUCCAAAGAUGUUAUUCAGACCAAAAAGCCCAAGUCAAAUGACAGUGUUAUAAUCCAAGACAAAAGAAAAUGUCUAUGUAAUGUUGAGUGUCUUGAAGCCAAUUUUGCAGCUUGCUGCUCUGAAAAUUGUCCCUAUUGAUUAUUACAUCUGAAAUGUGUAAAAUUAAAAAGGAAACCCAAACAGCCAUAUUACUGUCCAUCAUGCAGAAAAGCAAAUUGGUAACUAGUAUUAUACUUGAAAAGAAAUUGCUUUGCAUGGAAUGUAUCAA